GCGGCCAGGCGCAGAUAAUGGGUCUGGUACUCCAGAUUAAGUGGAAGGGUCCCAAACUCACACUUAGCUCGCUGCGUAGAAACGCCAUAGCCAGGAACUUCACUAGAGAGGCGCAACCUCAACCUGACGACGUUGUUAUCUGGGACGAGGAGUUUCACACGCUCUGCACCCUUUCUACCUACAAAGACAAUGCCUUUCACCCCUGGGAAAUCGCUUUCUCUCUCUUCAAUGGUUUGAAUCAAAGGUCAAAGACUAAGGUUCCCGUGGUCGGAAUUGCGACUUUGAAUCUGGCUGAAUUUGCAUAUGUGGUUGAUCAAAAGGAUUUUGAUUUAAACAUUCCUAUUACAGUUUCUGGUGGUGUUGCGGAGUCCUCUCCUUUACAUAGUGUAUGUUUAUCAUCCACGAUGUUUUAGUUGAUUUUGUCGAGAGACUGGUGGUUGUUUUCUUAAUCAACAUUGUGCCUUUGUGUUUGUUGUUUUUGUGUUCAUAAUGGUAGCUUUUGGUUGUUGCUUGUAGAUAUCGAUUAGUUUGGAA